GUCAAUAAUGGCGAUAUGUGUUGUGUGGUAGCUGGCUGCUACGAGCAAGGCUAGACAGGCAGUAUGGCGGAGGAGAGCAGUACAAACGAGUUAGAGGGGCUAGAAAAACAAAUACAGUGUCUUCUAAGCCGUUACUCAGGUGACGAAUUCCAAGUCGACAGUGAACCGUUCUGCUCUGACUUUUGCAAGUUGGUGGAGGAGUAUGCCUCUCACUGGCAGGUGCCACUACCCCAGCUCAGGAUCCUUGAGAUAGCUUUGCGCUAUUUUGCGCGAGCCUCAACUUUCUUCACAUCAAACUGUGAUCAUGUGCACCAAACAAUCAGUAGUCUGGCUUUGAGCAUUUUUGAGUUGCUGCUGUUUUUUGACCAGAAGGACUUCAAUCAGGAGCCACUGAAAAAUUUCACUGCUACAUUCCAGGAAUGUCAUUUGGUUCUAGCAGAGUAUCAGAAUGUUCACUUACUUCAGGUGGAGCACCUGGUUCAGGGUGAUGGGCCCUGGGCCAGCCCAGCCUUACAGGGAAUCCUCAGCAGGUCCAGUUUACCUCAGAAUGAAGUGGAAGGAUGCAUCAAUUCUGAGCUUCCAGUGUUCUUCGAGCUGCGGGUUCGCUACCUUUUAUCAUGUGAGCGUGUUAGCGAAGCCAUGGCCCUGGCUAAAUGUUGUGCUGACCAUCCCACAGCAGGACAACACUUGUUCUUCCUCCAGGUCUACCUCUCAUGGCUUUACAAAACUUCACAGCAUGCCCUGCUACAUAAAGAGGUGGCUGAGGUUAAUGGUAAAGAUGCGGUACACAUUAUCUGUAGCUUGGAGUGUGAAGAAAAGGAUGAGCUGCUUUUGGGUCUCAGCACAGCCUUCUUGUCACAGCAGCUCUGUAGGGGAGACAUGUACUAUUUGUGCGAUCUGGUCCUAGUAUGGGUCAAUCUUCAUAGAAGACUGAAAACAUCCAAGCAGGCUCUUCAAGAGGAGUGUCAUCGGCUGAUGCUGUCUGCUACAAAUGUCAAAUCAAUCUUCCCAUUCAUCAGAGCAAUACUUCAAGAAGUGGGUGCAGAAGGAAUCCAGUUCUGUGUGGAACUUUGUGCUCACGCCUUGCAGGCUUGUCUUCCCUGUGAUGUUGUUACCAAGUCCCUAAUCUACAAAACCAUUGCUGGUCUGCUUUCCAACGAUCUGGAGGUUUGCCGGACGUGUGCUCUUCUUGUCUUCUUCCUGGAGCGGUCUGUUGAAUCCUACAAGAUGGUGUACCUUCUUUACAUGCAUCCCGAUCAGGAGUACCACAUGGAUGAUGGCCCCAUCAGAAAUAAUGUUCGCUUUGAAACCCUGCAGGUCUUGAAGAAGGAUCUGUAUUUCGAUCCAGAGUUUUGGAACCUCAUUGCUCUACGGACAAGCUGUUUAAAGUUGAUGAGUGAGAAGGUGGUUAGUGCUGCUCUUGAAGAAAUCAUGGAAGACAAAUGGAUUUCCAAGUACUGCGCCAAAGAGCCAUCUCUCCAAUCAAGAGCAGCAGCAUGUCGUAAAGGAGAUAGAAAUGAACUUCAUGCUGUAGCUAAGAAGCGGCAUCAUAAAGAGGAUGUGGACGUUGUAUCCAAAAGACUUAAGAUGGGUGCAAAUAAAAUGCGGCUUAAUGACCAUGCUGUAAGAAGGAAAGGCAACCAAGGAUCACAAGUCUUGAAGCAAUCUUCUGGUGCUUUGAGGCGCUCAUUUUGGCAGCUAGACAGAAUGCACAGCAGUUUAGCUUUCAGGUAUGAGGAACACAGACGCACUACAAGACUCUCGGAGAAGAACCCACCCAAACGAAGGAUUAGACAACCCAAGUGGCUCCUGCAAGACUCAGGAACUCUUGAAGAGAAUGUUUCUCUGAAGGUUAAAAAGAAUGGAUUGAAACGGACAAAGCACAUUCGCUCAUGUGUCAUGAAAAGGUCUGAACAUGGUCAGAACAAGAACACCAAACUCAAACCUUUGAUAAACUCUCAUUUAAAGGCGAAGGAAAACGACAAAGUCCAGAAUGGGUUUUCGGCAGACCAGUCUUUACAAGCUAGCCCUCCUCAAGUUAUCCUGGAGCUUUCCCUACCAGAUAAUGAACUGUUGGGCAGCUUUGCUGAAGAUGCUUGCAGCAGACCCAGAGGGUUCCCUCAAGUGCUUCUUUACAAACCUACAUUAAAACUUCCUGCAGCUGCACAACCUGCCAAGCCUAUACAUCGCAAAGAGGUGGUUCUCAGAGCACGAGAUGCAACUAUGUUCAUACAGCUGUUGCACUGCUAUGCUCGCAGACAAAAAGGAAAAGGCAAUGGGCCGAAUGUUCACAGCUCUGUAUCAACAAUCACACGCUCAUCAGUACAGGGUAGCCCUCCAAAGGAUCCAUCAGAAAAGGCUGAGAUGAAAGAGGUAACCAUGUCUAAGACAACAGUAACUGCUAAAGACAUGGGAGUCUUAGAGAAAGUCCCUAAAAUUCAAAGUACAAAACCAUUGUCACAAAAAGCAUCAACUAGAGAGCUUUCUGAAACGUCUGUUGAGUUGAAAGUUGCCUCACAGACAACUGGGGCAGACAAAGUGACUAACCCCCCGGAUUCAAAUAGGAUCUCUAAAGCUCAGAGCACAGCGAAAGUCUCACAAAGCAUCAAUUAUGUCAGAGCUCACCCUGAAAACUCUUCUGUUAAGCUGAGAGAUACCACAUUGUCACAGACUUCAUCAGCCGCUGAAGUAGUAGAAGUCCCCGAUUUGUGCGAGCUCCCUCAAAUUCAGACUGUUGCUUCGGCUAAAGAGCCCUGCGAGGAGCCUGCUGUUGAGAUGAAAGUCACCAUUGCCUCACAGUCAACAAUUUUAGAAAAAGUCUCCAAGGCUCCAGCUGUGGAACAGGUCUCCAAAGCUCGGGUUUCAAAAACCACAACAACAGUCAAGAUUAAGAGGAAAGCUACUGGUGAAAACCAUUCAGUCUCGCUUCAUGCUGAUGUUUCAAGCAGUGAAUCUGCAGAUCCUGCUCCCUUAUACUCUCAAAAUGUUGCCCUGAGAGUUGGGGAAGAAGAGCUCAUGUCACUUCCAUCUCAGGGUGAAAGUGGUAGCAAUUCUGUCACUGCCAGUAUUUCCACAAUGGAUGUCACAGAUGCUUUACCUAAAAACUCAAAAGGACACGUGCCUUGUAAAAAUGACACAAGCCCUGGAACAAGUGUUAUUAGGCAAAAUAAGCCAUCAGAAACAGAGGCUUCUUAUGUUCUUAUAGACCAGACAAGUCCAAGUGACAUAUCUGCUCUGACACUAGUAACAGAAAUGGUCACUGAACUUUCACCUGAGCAGCUUUCUCAAAAACAGGAGACUGACAAACUGCAAACGCCAGACAGUAGUACAUCUAAAGAUUCAAGAGAUGGAAGAAAGUCUAAAGUGCAUCACAAGACACGGACUACCUCCAGCUGCUCUACAUCAGAACAGGAUGCCUCUGUAGAAGACACUCAAGGGGAAAAAGGGAAAGCAAAUGAUCCGGAUGAUAGUUCAGAUUCACCUGAAAACAGUGAGCUUAUGGAAAUGGUACCAGAAUCAGAGGAAUCAAAGUUGGACUUUUGUUGUACCUUCUGCAGCAAGGAAUUUAAGGGAAGUCGAGUUGUAGAGCACGCAAUGUUCCAUUUUCGUAAAGACGAGUGCAUGUUUUGUAGGAUGACAUUUAAAGAUGACCUGUUGGCCAUGAUGCACCUGUCCGAUCACAUAGAGAAGCUAAAGAGGAUCAAAGACCAAAAAAAUGGGGUCUCAGACACUGUCUGUACCACCACGGCUAAAACCUCUGCCAAAGCAAAGACCACAAAAAUGUCCCCUGGCUGUGGAAGCAAGGGGAAACAGAGGAAAUUGACAGUCUCUCCAAAAUCGGGUCCGUCUGAAUCCAGAACAUUAAGAUCUAAAGACAAACAGGUUUGUGGUACAUUUCCACAAGAAAAGCCAAGCAGGGCAAAGGAUCUCAAUAACAAAACUGCUGUUCACAAGGUAAAUGGACACAUUGGCAAAAAGAGGGAGCUGACAAGACUGAAAAGCAACUUGGAUGCCAACCAGAAGCCUGGACUGCAAGAGACCCCCCAAAAAAGAACACGUGAUGGAGCUGCGAGUUCAAGUUUGGAAGAAAACAACGAUAUUGAGAUUGAUUCUUCUGCAGUUUCACCACAGAGAGAUGAGUUUACUCAUUCCACAGAAGACAAAAAGAAAAAGACAGAAUCUCUGCAGGUCCUGAAGAUGGCUUCAAAACAAAAUGGGAAUGUUCCUGAAGAGAAAAAUGUUGAGCCACAAGAGAAAGUUUUCUGUCCUGUGGAUGGCUGCUCUUGGUGCACAGACCUGUCAAAGAAUCGAGUUGCUCUCUUGUACCAUGCUCUUGAAGAUCACUACGGUGAUAUCAAACCUUUGGAACUGGCUUUCCGUGUCGGAAAUAGUAAAUGCAGUAUUUGCAUGAGGGUGUGUUGGAGUUUUGAACAUUUUCAGCACCAUGUUGAAAGACACAAACUCAUUCCACGGCAUCCUUGCCUUCAUCAGGGUUGUAUGGCCAGGUUCAAAACCGGGAUGGAAAUGAGACGGCAUGCCAGGAAGCAUAGUCCACUGCAGGCAGUGUGCUGUCUUCCAGGAUGUUCCAAGCUAUUUAUUUGUCUUUGGGCACUGAACCUUCACGAAAGGGACCACUAUGCUUCCAAGUCAGUUAAACCUGACAAGAACACCAGUGUGCAGAAAGGUGACAAACCUAGUAAAGCACCGAUUGAGAAGAAACCUCAGAGUUCAGAAGAUACUACUGCCUCUACUGCUGGGAAAAGCACUGAGAGUGUCAAGGCUGCUCAUAUGUUAGGACAACAGGCAACACAUGACUUGGAGGCAAGAAAGACUUCACCUGUGAUAAAAAAUGAGCACAAGGGUUCAAACGUGUUGACAAAUCUCUCUAAUAAGGACACAUCUGCACAGCCUGCCGUUCGUAAUCUUAGAUUAAGACAAAUAUUACGGAAAGUUAAAGCAAGAAGUACAGUUCCUCCAGCUUCCAAAGUUCAUAAAGUCAUCUCGUCAUCGUUGUUGAAGCACAAUAGAAAAGUGAAGCUGAAACUGGAGGAAAAGCAGGUAAAAGGAAACGAAAAAGGCCUGAAAAGAAAAGGCCGUCCUCCUAAGUUGAAUAAAGCUGUGCAUGAUGAAAACAUUACAGCUGGUCAAAAGCUUUCUUCAGAAUCAGUGAAGAUUUCAAGCGUGAGUAACAAGUUAAAAGUAGACAAAAAGCAGGAGGUCCAGAACGAAGUUAAAGCUACAGAGAAGUCAGCAGUGGAUUUAAAGACGGAAACAACAGAGGGAAAGCAGACUACAAGGAAACACAAUAUAUCUCUCGCUAACAGUUCAAACCAGCGUCUGACCUCAGACCUCAAAACACAAAAGCCAAAUGCUGUUAAAGCAAAGAAUUUGCAUAUGUUUAAAAAACAUUACACAACCUCAGAUUCCAGCAAGGCAAAGAAGUACAAGAUUGUGAAAAGUAAAGUGAACAAAAAUGCUGUCGAGAAAAAAUGUCACAACCAAGAUCCGGCCAUGCCGUCGGCUUCGAAAAAACCGUCCAAGCCCAAAUCUCAAGUGAAGGCCAAAGUUGCAGCGGUAGAAAGUUCUGCUGAUGAAGAGAGAAAAGCUAAAGAAGAAAACACAGGUUCAUCACAUCACUCUGUGCUCUCUAUUCCAAGCAAAGGCUUGAACCUGCCAUCCUCUUCUGAAAAACCACAGAAGGUGAAAAGAGUGGAUAAGUUGAAGAAAUCUGUUGCGAAACAAGGGAACAGUCGGUGUACUGCAUCUUCAGACUUAGGCAAGGUGAAGAAGAGGAAUAUGGAGUGGUCAAAGAAACAGGUGGACAAAAAGUUAGUCAAGAAAAAGGGUCAAAGCAAAAGUCAAGUCAAAAGCUUGGCCUUGAAAAAGAUGGCAGAGUUCAAAUGUGAAGUCCAACAACAGGAUGAGGCCAAAGGAAAGACCACUUUUGAGGAGGGGACAACAAAAGAAAAGGCCUCAGAUGCAACACUUAACAGUCCUGCUCCAUCAGAGCCGGCUCACAUGUUUAAUAAGACUUGUCUGCCUGCUGCCCCUGAAAUAAAUGAGCAGAAAGUACACAAAAAGGAAAAAUCUAAAAAGGCAAAUGUGACGAGUAAGUCAGAGGCAAACAAAGCAAGUAAGAAGCGCAGGGAUAGUCACAAAGAUGAUGCAAAACAGCUUGUAAAGAAGAAAUUAAAAGAUCAUCAAACAGCAACUAAGAAGUCUGCAAAGUCUGCAAAAGUUCAACCAGCAGCAGAAGAAAGUUCUGCAGGUGAGUCGGGAAAAACUUUACCAUCAGCAGCUAUCGAUUACUUUCAAAUGGAGAACGGACCAGCAUCAAGUGAAGAAUCCAAAUCCACGCUGAGUAAAGAUUACAGGAAGCGGCCGUACAUGCGUCCGCCACCCACUGCAUACCUGGACGAGAAGUUCAUCACCAUGCCAAAGAAAAGGAAGGAGAUGCCGGUCUCCGUGCUGCUUUAUGGAAACGCCUGGAAGGCCGCAGCUCUGCAGAGACAACGAUGUGCCAACUGCUUCGCAACGUUCGACAGUACGGAGGAGCUGCAGAACCAUCUCCAGCUGAAGAAGUGCUCAAACCUGUUUGGAUUCGAUUCUGAUGAUGAGGGGAACAGCUGAACGUGAUGUUUUGGGAGCUUAACAGACUUGUGGACCUGCAUGGAGCCCGAUGAUGGAUCAACACUCUGUAGAUGGCUUGUUCCUUACUGGGGGCCAAGACUUGCACAUCCAUGGAUGGACCCAGAAGUGAAAGGGUUAUCAGACUUAGCUGCAGCAUGUGUCUGUCAAACAAGCCCCAGGAGCAGGCAGAUCACAUGACGAUAGCCAACAAAAAAAGAAAAGAAACCUACUGAUUACGAACUGACUAUUCCUAGUCAGAUAGUUCGAAGGACAGUUAGUACUGAAGUGCCUGCUCUGGAAGCGCUGUGCUGUAUUUCAGCCGCUUCACCUGGUAUGGAGGCGAAUCAUUGUGGCUUAUAGACUGACAGUUGAAAGCUGGAAAAAAAAAAAACAUACACACACUGAUUCAACACAAGCCUACAUCUUUUUCACACCAGUAAGCCAUACAAUGAUGUUGUUUGCUUUUGCACUCUUGUCAAAAGAUUUUUAGUUUGGUUCUUGAGUUGUGGGGCAGAAUGAAAGGAACAUCAAGUUAAUACUGUUUUAUCGUUCUGAGGUUACAGAUAUAAUUUAGACUAAGUCUAAACUCUAAAGUUGUAAGAUUACUGUAUCAGAGUCGUCUUUAAGGAUUUUUUAAUGUAUAAUUCCGGUUUAAAUACUAAUUGUAUUUCUUAUUAAAAAGAAAAUUCCCCACGGAUCUCAUUAUCUCUAUGCUGCUUGUCCUCACAAUGAGGAACCAGUAGGGGUCAGUGUGCACCAAGAUAAAUCCCUCCUGUUUCCUAUUGGCAGGCCUUUUCUUUCUUUUUUCUAACAUAAAAAUCUGACCCACUUUACUGCUGUAAUGACAUGAAAAGUUUAAUUUUGAUUCACAUCCACCAAGCUGCAGCUUAUUAGCAAUAACACAAGCUAGAAAUUGUGCCAGUAUCCCACUAAUUUAUGACUAUUUUGCUUUUGAUUUUCUUUUAGUUAUACACCAUCAGUGAUCACCUGGUAUUCUGGCUUUUCUCAUGUAAACUGCAUAAAUGUAGACUUUUAAUAAGCAUAAUGCAGGUGAGUUGGGAAAAACUCUAGAAACAUUACCAUCAGCAGCUAUUGGUAAACGGAGAACCGACAAGAUAACAUGAAUUAGACCUCUGUCUAGUCUUUCAGGAUCGAUUCAAGCUGAAGCGUGGUGUAUGGAAGCUACCGCAGUUUAUAAGUGUUAGGAGGUCGCAUGUGUUUUUCAUGAGCUGCAGCAGGUUUUAUUUAUUUUUGUUUUCUAUCUUUUGUAAAUAUUUAAAGAGUUUCAAUGGCUUAUAUAAAGGGGAUGCUGGAGGUGGGUUUAUAUUUUGUUCUUGAAGAAAAAAAAAAUAAAGUUGCUUCAAAUGGC